AUGUUCGCUGUCAGGAUCGUCAGUGCAGAUUAUUACAUGUCCAGCCCUGUCAAGGGUCUGGAUGUUUGUUUUUCUGAAUUUAGAGAGAAUGAGGUGAAGAGAGUGCCUGUGGUUCGCAUCUUUGGGUCAACACCUGCAGGUCAAAGGUCUUGUCUCCAUUUGCAUGGUAUGUUUCCAUAUCUCUAUGUUCCAUACAAUGGUUAUGGACAAGAACCAGAGCAACAUCUUCGUCAGAUGGCUUUCAGUAUAGACCGAGCACUAAAUGUGGCUUUGGGCAACCCAUCCUCCAAUGUCCAGCAUGUGUUCAGAGUAUCACUCGUGUCUGGAAUUCCUUUUUAUGGCUAUCAUGAGAAGGAAAGACACUUCAUGAAGAUUUACCUGUAUAAUCCCUUGAUGGUGAAAAGAGUCUGUGAGCUGCUGCAGGGAGGAGCUGUAAUGAACAAAUCAUACCAGCCAUAUGAAGCUCAUCUACCGUAUCUCCUCCAGCUCUUCAUUGACUAUAAUCUGUAUGGAAUGAAUCUCAUUCAUCUCGCAGCAGUAAAAUUCAGAAAAACUAAACGAAAAGAUGACCAACCUGCUGGAAAGGUCAGUUCAGAAUUAAGUAAUCCCAGUAGCAAUGACAAUGGAAAGUUAAGGAAUAGCCCCAUUACUACCAAGUCGAAGGCAUCACAGACGGAGAAUUCCAUUAAUUGCUCCUUCGUAUGGUGGGAAGAAGAAGAUAUACCAAGUUCCUUAAUUUUAGAGGGUGUUGAUCGACAGAGCACUUGUGAGCUUGAACUGGAUGCAGUUGCAGCUGAUAUUUUAAAUCGCUUAGAAGUUGAAGCUCAGAUUGGCAAAAACCCUGGUCUGCAGGCCAUAUGGGAGGAUGAAAAACAGCGCUGUCGUGAAAAUAAUAAGUCUUCUCAAAUUGAAUUGCCACCUUCACAGGAUCGUGAUUUUGUACAAAUAACAGAGAGUGAAAAGAUCUUCCAGCGCAGAAUAAGGGAGGUUCUACAACGAAAUAACUACUCUGUGGCUUUAUCACAAUCCAUGGAUGAAAGUGAAGAAUUCAAUGUGUUGUCCUCGAAUUUGACCUUACAUAUGGAUGAAUUGUCACCUGAAGCCAUUCCUUGUACACCUGCUUGUCUGGUUGAGAUACACAGUGAUAAAGAACAAGGUGUGAGCCAACCAGAUGCAAAGUUUGAGGAUGCGAUAGUUGAUGAGGAAGCAAUUCUAAGUGUAAUGGAGAACAGCCAGACUUUUCACCCUUUAUCUCAAAGGUUAAUUCAGUCCCCAAUUCUCAAUACCAGUCAGGAUCAAGCAAUGGUGCACCUGUUAGCAGGGCUGGAGGAGGAUGGAUAUGAAGUUGAAAGGUCCCCUUUUGCAUCUGGUGGGUCUCUACAGCAACACUCUAUAGGAAACUACAGCUAUCAGCAGAACAGUGAUAACGAAGAAAAUGAGCCUGAAAUUCAGAAGGAAGAGCUGGAGCUGAGUUUAAUCAUGUCUCAGCGCUGGGAUGGUGAAUUUACAGAUAAAGUUGGCAAGAUGAGAUUUUCUGAGAAGAACAUAAGUGACUGCUCAUCAGAGGAAGAUUAUGUAUUUUCUGAUGAUGAGAUGGUGUGGAGAGGAAACCGGAACAUGCUGGCUAAUCUUUCUAUUCCUCAGCUUGAUGGAGCAGCAGAUGAGAAUAGUGAUAAUGCUGUCAAUGAAAAAGAUUCAAGAACUCAUUCGACGUUAGCAGUCCAAGAUAAAAUACUGGCAAAGACUACUUUUCACAAAGAAGCUGUGAUAUUACAAUCAUCAUCUGCUCAGGUUGGAUUACAGUGCAACCACACAGGUACCAUACAUAAUACAGUCAAUGAUUUCGACUCUACAGGAUCUCUGUCUUAUCAGAAUUCAUUCAUCACAGAAAUGAUUCCCGAACACUCAGCUUCUAAGUUUUCUAAUGAAGCUACUGGUGAUUUAAAAUGUAAUACACCCAGUGAAGACUUUGACAUUUGCAAUGCAAAGUUAGUGGAUGCUACUGUGGUAGAUAAGUCAUCAGAUACAGUGUGUGAGCGCAACUGUAUAAUUAGUGGCUGUGAAAAGCAGUUAUCAUUGCACACUGAUAGACUCCAGAAAGUAAAGAAAUACAUCAGCAUUGACAAGAAUUUACCUAUACAACAAACCGAUCUAACCAGUGAUGAAUUUUAUAAUAAUUCAAUUAUCAGUUCCUUAGAUGGGAGGAAAGCUAAUAACAUGCUUCCUACAUUCAGUAAAAAGGAAAACUGCAUUUGUGCUAAGCCUAUGAUUCCUCUAAUAGGUAUAAAAAAUGGGCUUCAACUUUUGGAAGAGCCCAAAACCACAAGAACAGAUGUUAAGGAAAUGUGUGUUGAAAACAACGUUGAAAAAAGUCUUAAUGAACUUAAAAUUAGAUAUGAAGACUUUCACGCAACCAGAAGGGAAAAAACUAUUAUUGACCAACAUGAAGCACAGUAUACAUUUUUUCCCAGUGUUGUACUUCCCAACUGCCUCAAAUGUCCAGAAAAAGUCUUUAGUAAAUCUUGUAAACUUAAGAAACAAGAUGACCGAAGGUUAAAACUCAAAUUGAGUAGAAAGAAAUCAAAUACCACUCUAAAAACUAUAGCAAAAUCUGGCACUGCAAAGAUGAGGAAUGUAAUUUCUACUGAAAUAAAUACUUGUAGCAAAGAAUUACUAAAUAAUGUAUCAGUUGAUCAUAACUCUGUUCCAGUUGAUGUAGCUUGUACUAGUGAUGCUGGUGUUAAGGGAAUUAUUUCAGAAACUGAGAUAUUUAGUAUGGAAGAGUCUCCAGAGAAUGGCCAGGAAGGUCAAUCAUUCAGACUAGCAUGCAGUAAAUAUACACUGAGAACAAAACGGAAAGUAAGCUAUGAGACGGAAGACUGUGAACCUGGUCAAGGCUCAGAAAUCUUGAAGGCAAGUCCAACUGAAUCUGAAUGUUCAAAGGCUAAGGAAAAAGAAAUGGAUAAUUCUCAGCGCUCACGUAAACGAAGAAGGCUUAAUAAGAAGGAGCCACCUGUGAUUAUAAAAUAUAUUAUCAUUAACCGUUUCAAAGGUAGAAAAAAUAUGUUGGUUAAAAUUGGAAAAUUGGAUUCAAAUGAGGAUCAGGUUAUGCUUGAUAAUGAUAAACUGGAAAAGUAUCAAAAGCUUUCACCAUUAAAAGACUGGUGGCCCAAAGUCACUGACCCUCCUGUUGCCAUUAAACCUCUUGUAACACCUACUCCAAAGAAAGGAAAAAGAGCAAAGGUUCAGUCAACCUUAAAGAAAAGAACUGGAAAACUCAAAAAAACGCAAAAGAAGGAAAAACGUAUCAUUGCAAAUAAAAGUCAAGUAAAAAGAAGUGAAGUUUCUACAAGAAAAAUGGAGUUUGCAACUCUUUCCCCUCCUUCCCCUUGCUAUAGCGCUGAAGCUGAUGACUGUUUAUUGGAAUAUAAAGAUGUUAUGUCUAAACUUGGCUUUAUGUCUGAAAGAGCAACAAGCCCCUGUAAACACUCACCACCCCGAUGCUGGUCACCAAGUGAAAUACAGGAUGAAGAAAUGGCACCCAUGGUUUCAUUGGAAGAAGAUGUGGUAGUAAGAGACUGGGAUUCAGAUGAUCUUAACAAUUCUGGAGGGAAAGAUUCAAUUCAAGGAAAUGGGAAACCUGAAAAAAAUGAAUUAAAAUCUCGGAAGAAAUCUUCCUGCAACUCCAGCACUACAGCUAAGAAGAAGAAAAUAUCCCACAAAACUAAGCAGGUGACAGAUGGUGGACUAAAUAAACCAAAAGAACAGCCACCAAAGAAAACCAGGAAAAGGAAGAGUCAAAAACAGAAAAGUACCAACCCAGUUCUUGAUGGAAAAAAGGAAACCUUUCAAAGUUCAGAAAUGAAAAGACAAAAUGGAAGUUCUCAGUAUGUCAAUGAUGAAUUUCAUUUUUCUAAAGAGCCACCUAAAAGUAAAUUUCAUGCAGAUUUUGAUGGUUCAUUUGUUGCAGAAUCCGAGGCUGUUUCCAAGGCUGGUGAGCAACCAGAUAUUCCUCUCAGUGUGUACUCAACAGGGCACCUUCCUUCAACCCAACCUUAUUCUGAAGAAUUUCAAGGAGAUUCUGGGGGUUACUAUCGUUCUCUGUUAGAGACUGAUAACCAUACAGACUUACCUGGCUUUUCUUUUCCACCAGAUGAGCAAGUUUCAGAAACACUUUCUCAAUCGAGAACAACAUAUUCCCAUUCAACUCCACAUUUUAGUCUAAAUAAAGCAAACCCUUCCUGUGUACAGUCUGAUACUAUUUAUAUGUUGCGUAAUAAAACUGAGGUGACAAAUUUCCGGUUACCAAUGGACACGCACAUUACUGCACAGCCAGGUUUUAUUUCUCAAAGGGAACAACGCUUUGAUCACUUGAGCUCCUCCUCCAGAUUACCAUCCCAUUCAGAAACUUAUCAACUGGCAUGUCAGUCAAGUGAAAGUAGCUGCAGCGAGCAUAGAAACAAUCCAUUAGAACAGAGGUCAGAGGUGUUGAGUCCCGCACAACUUGUCAAUAGUCAACAACCUUUUGAAAUUAAGAGAAUGCAAAAUGUAAAGGAUGUAUCUUUGCGUGAAUCUGUACAAAAGUCGUCAUUAUUUCAGUCAGAAGGUGAGAUUGAUAGCAAGAAAAACUCUUCUUCUCAAACCAUCCAACAAUCCAAAGUUGAUCAAGAGCCAAAUCCUAAUUCUUUACGUCUUGCCUCUGAGGAAAGUCGUCAUUCAAUGUGCUUACCAAUAAAUAAUGUUACAUGUUCAACUACUGAGAGUUCGAAGGUGGGGAAUGAAAAGGAUGGGCGAUGUCUUGAUCCUGCUACUUGCGGCCACAGUAAACCAUUAGGGAAAAAAGUUUGGGGGAAGGUGCAAGAAACUAGAAACAUUUUGGAUAUAUCUGAUUUUACCCCACAAAGAAUAAAACAGAGAUCUCUGUCAGAGACCUUUCUGGGUGCCAGCGUAUCCCAAACUCAGAAAUCUGAACAAAUCGUAAGAACGGACAGUCAAGCACCAGUCAGUAAUGGUCCAUCUAGUCUUGCUGUUUUAAGAGAAUUGCUGCAUAAAAGGCAACAAAAAGCACAGGAGGCAAAUGUUCAAACAUCCACACUGAAACCUCAAUUUAAUCGAAGUACCUCUUAUCCAACUGAGCAAAAUGAAUCAAGGAAAAUUUCUGCUGACAAUGAAUUUUGUGUUCUACUCCCUUCUGCACAUCCCAAAUCUCCACAGACAACUGUUCAAAGAAAAACUACUAAAAAUUCAAGAACUGUAAAGAUUAUGCAGAAAAAACCCAAAGCCCAGAAAUGUGAAUUACCAAAAUGUGAGUCGACAAGGAAAUCUCAGACUGCUCAGUCUAAAUGUCCCUUUUCUGAUGACAGCCCUGUUUUUCAUUCUGACCCAGGCUUUGAUAGUUGUUACAGUUUUGAUAGUUUAUCGCCAGAACUUCCACAAUCGUACAAUUUUGAUAUCAAUACUGUUGGGCAAACCAGAUACUGUACCAUAUAUUCUGGGUGUCAGUUCAUGCCAGCUGCUGAGCAAAACCUGCCUCAGAAGUUUUUAAGUGAUAUUCAGGAGUCUGUUCCAGCCCAAGCAGUAUUAGCGGAAACUAAUGUACGCAAGUGUCAAACCAGUGAAACGCAACAGCCUGACCAGACACAUCAGCCUUUAGACAAUACAGAAUGGGUCAGAUCUGGUUCAAUAAGCCCUGACCUAUUUGAAAAGUCGCCUUUUAACAAUGGAGAAAAGUUGAAGCUUUCAAAUAAAAAUUCUAACCUGGCAUUUUCAAAUGCUUUAUCAAGUUCUUACGAGUGCUCCAAUAUUCAUUUGUCUUCAUUGUCUACAAUGGAUUUGAAGGAUCAUGCACAGAAUCAGUGUAAUAGUUUUUUGGACAGUGAUGCAUCCUGUAGCCCUGCAAAAUCAACAACUAGCCAAACAACACUGAUAGAUGAAGGAAAUGGAAGAGAUUGCUUGUCUGUCCAUUCUGCUGGUUCAAGUCCAAAAGCAGUUGUGGCAUUUCCUGGCGAUGAUAGUGCAGCAGCUGGCUGUGAAGAUCAGGAGCUUUGUAUAUUAAAAUAUGGUAAUAGCUCCCCAGCUACAUCUAAUAGUUCUCCAAGUUCUGUUAAUUCUCCAUCACAAACCAAAAAUAAUUGUUAUAUCAACCGUACAUCAGGUGCUCACGUUUUAAAACCCUUAAUGUCACCACCAAGUCGAGAGGAAAUCGUGGCAACCCUACUUGAUCAUAAUCUGGCUGAGGCUAUCUACCAAGAGCCAUUCUGCAGUGAUCCUUCAGAUGCCCCAGAAAAACCAAGGGAGAUAGGAGGACGUUUUUUGACUGUUGAAACCAGACUACCCAAUGAGCUGCCUGAAUUUGAUGGUGAUUUUUCAUUGGAAGGCCUGCAAUUCUGGAAAACUGCCUUAUCCGCAAUGACCCAAAACGUCAGACCUGGCUCCCCUGCCUUUAAUGGAAAUGGUCAUUAUGCUGCUCAGGGAAGUGAAAGAAUUGGUACAGGAGCUCCUGAAGACCGAAAGAUCAUAAUCCUGCCAUGUAGGAGUGCACCCAGUGUACAAAGGGUGCAUUUGUGGCUUCAGGCAAAAAGGGAGUAUGAGCGGUCAAAGAAAUGCUCAAAAAAUCAGGUUGAGCUAACGGAGCACAUCAAACAAAUUCAACCCACCCAUCUUUCUCAAGCAGGUAAGGAUCCCAGGUCUGAAGAGUUGACCAAGGCAAUUUCUAAAGCUCCUAACCAAGAACAAGUUGUAACACAUCCAGGUAAAACAAGUGCAUCUGACGCCUCCUCUGAAACUCCACUUCUACAAACCCCAGGGGAUUGUACCUUUGGAGAAACACAAUUGCCUAAAGCAGCAGGUGCAGAUGAUGAUGAUGAUGAUAAUGAUGAUGAUGAAGAGGAGGAGGAGGAUUAUCAUGCAUACAGUUCUCCCGAUUCACCAAUGUUGCCUCCUUGGCAGCAACCAAGUUCUCCUGAUCCAAGGCAAUGUGAACCAAAUGAAGAGAAUGUGGAGGUGACUGAUGCAAAACAAUGCCAAGGCACUGAGUCCACACUACAAGUUGGCGUGGCGCCAACUUGUAGCAGUGAGCCACAAGGUAGCAGGCCAGGUGAUGAGCAGCAGCUGCUAAAGUCACCACUUCAAUCCAGAUUGCGAAGUGCUGGGAAUUCUGCAUCCAUCGUACACAGCACACCCAUUGCACAAAGAAAAAGUGAUGGAAUUCCUGAAGCACUUUACUGUACUCCUAUACAAAUGGAACCCAGGCUUCAAAAGAUGAGUCAAAGAAAAGCCAGCAAUUCUGACACCUUGAGGAGAGUGCUUCUCACAACACAACUUAAGAAUCAAUUUGCAGCUCAUUCUUCUGUUAAGAAAGACACCUCCCAGAUUGAAGGAGCCACUCUAAACAACUCGUAUGGUUUCAAGAUUAGCCAACAAAAUCUCAAGGAUGCAAAAGCUUUACAUGAGGUGCAGUACCUUGUUCUCAUGAGUAUGGAAUUACAUGCUCGCACAAGACGAGAUUUGAAACCAGACCCUGAAUUUGAUCCUAUUUGUGCCUUAUUCUACUGCAUUUCAUCAGAUGCACUGCUCCCAGGAUCUGAUAAAACAGAGGUCAUCGGUGCUCUAUUGGUUGAUAAAGACCACAUCGACUGCAAUAGAGACUCAUCUUCUGGAGUCCGGAGUCAGGCCCCACUGCUUGUUAGAUCUGGUGUCACAGGUCUGGAGGUUACUUAUGUGAAUGAUGAAAAAGAGCUGUUUCAAGAACUUCUUAACCUCAUUAGAAGAUAUGAUCCUGAUAUUUUGUUGGGAUAUGAGGUUCAGAUGCAUUCUUGGGGCUAUCUCCUUCAGCGAGCUGCAGUACUGGAAGUUCAUCUCUGCCAGAUGAUUUCCCGUAUUCCAGAUGAUGUCACAGAAAAUCGUUUUUCUCCAGAAAAAGAUGAAUACGGCGCAGAUACCAUGACUGAGAUAAACAUUGUGGGUCGGAUUGUUCUGAAUAUCUGGAGAAUGAUGCGGAGUGAGAUUGCGCUCAACAAUUACUCUUUUCAGAACGUAGCCUUUCACAUGCUUCAUCAGCGUUUUCCACUCUUUGCAUUUCGCACCUUAUCUGACUGGUUUGACAAGACCAAUCUGUACAGAUGGAAGAUGGUUGAUCAUUACAUUUGUCGUGUGCGUGGAAACCUACUAUUGCUGGAACAGCAGGAUAUUAUUGGCAGAACCAGUGAACUAGCCCGGCUGUUUGGGAUCUUGUUUUAUCAUGUGCUGACAAGGGGCUCACAGUUUCGUGUGGAAUCUAUGAUGCUGCGCAUUGCCAAACCGAUGAACUAUAUUGCCAUAUCUCCAAGUGUUCAACAACGAGCGCAGAUGAGAGCGCCUCAGUGUGUCCCCCUUGUGAUGGAACCAGAAUCCCGCUUCUACAGCAACUCUGUCCUCGUUCUAGAUUUCCAAUCGCUGUACCCCUCUAUCGUCAUAGCUUACAACUACUGCUACUCAACGUGCCUGGGCAAUAUUGACUAUCUUGGAAAACAUGAAGAGUUUAAGUUUGGCUCCACCUCACUAAGAGUCCCUCCAGAAUUACUUCACCAGCUCUGGAACAACAUCACUGUAUCACCUAAUGGUGUGGCAUUUGUAAAGCCAUCGGUACGAAAAGGUGUGUUGCCAAGCAUGUUGGAAGAGAUUCUGAAGACCAGGAUAAUGGUGAAACAAGCUAUGAAAGCCUACAAAAAGGACAAAGCCCUCACCCGGUUGCUUGAUGCUCGCCAGUUGGGUCUAAAACUAAUUGCCAACGUGACUUUUGGUUAUACAGCUGCUAACUUUUCUGGAAGAAUGCCAUGCGUGGAGAUCGGUGACAGCAUUGUUCACAAAGCCAGAGAGACCCUUGAACGUGCGAUUAAGUUGGUUAAUGAGACAAAGAAAUGGGGAGCUCGCGUUGUAUAUGGAGACACUGAUAGCAUGUUUGUGCUGUUGAAAGGUGCCACCAAAGAGCAGGCCUUUAAGAUUGGUCAGGAGAUUGCUGACGCCGUGACUGCUACUAACCCAAAGCCUGUGAAGCUGAAGUUUGAGAAGGUCUAUUUACCAUGUGUCUUGCAAACCAAGAAGAGGUAUGUUGGUUACAUGUAUGAAAGUUUAGACCAGAAGGACCCUGUUUUUGAUGCAAAAGGAAUUGAAACUGUGAGACGAGAUUCCUGCCCUGCUGUAUCAAAGAUUCUAGAACGGUCAAUAAAGCUGUUGUUUGAGACGAGAGACAUCAGCCAAAUCAAACAGUACCUUCAGAGACAAUGUAUGAAGGUGUUAGAGGGAAAGGCCAGCAUGCAGGAUCUGACCUUUGCCAAAGAAUACCGAGGAAGUGGUGCUUACCGACCUGGAGCUUGUGUCCCUGCUCUAGAACUGACCAGGAGGAUGCUGUCUUACGACCGUCGCUCUGAACCGAGAGUGACCGAGAGAGUCCCAUAUGUCAUUGUGUACGGAAGCCCAGGUCUGCCUCUCAUUCAGCUGGUCAGGCGCCCAGUAGAGGUCCUGCAGGAUCCCAGCUUGAGAUUGAAUGCCACCUAUUACAUCACCAAACAGAUCCUCCCACCCCUCAACAGGAUUUUCUCUUUGAUUGGUGUGGACGUGUUCAGCUGGUACCAGGAGCUACCAAGAGUCCAAAAGGCAUUUUCAACAGCUCGGAUGGAUCAGGAUGGCAGAAAAGGAACGAUUUCCCAGUACUUCACUACCCUGCACUGUCCCGUCUGUGAUGAGCUAACUCAGCUGGGAAUCUGCAGCAAAUGUCGUAACCAUCCUCAACAAGUUACUGUAAUCCUUAAUCAGGAGAUUCGAGAAUGGGAAUCGAAACAUGAUCAGCUGCUAAAGAUUUGCAAGAAUUGCACUGGUUGUGUGGACAGACAAGUUCAAUGUGUGUCUCUGGAUUGCCCGGUGCUAUACAAGCUAUUCAGCGUAAGCCGUGAACUUACUAAAGCUCCAUACCUUCGGCAGUUGCUGGACCAGUUUUAACACUUCAGAUCCAAACUAGAUCUUGUUCUCAAUUUUUCUUCAUUUGCAUUUGCAUUGAUUGCAGAUGCCUUGGUCAGGAUCAGGAAGUAAUUACUCUAUAGCCGAGUCACUUGGCCACUUGGGAAUAUACCAUUACAUUGCUGCCAUUUUAAAUGUGAACAUUACAAAAUAUUUGACUGCAGUAGAAAGUAAUUAGUUCACUUGUGUUGGGAAAGAUUUGAUCAUUAGGAAAAUGUGAAUUUGUCAAUGCCAUGGUGAUGGAUGACUGAAACAGCUCUGUAAAUAAAUGUACAAAAAUAUUUCGUAUGCAAUUAUGGUUAAUCUAUGGGCACUGAAAUAUGUGUAAUUAACAAUUGUGGUACAAAUUUCAAGCUACAUAUGUUUACAAAUGAUUUUCUACAAUGUAUAAUGAAGGCAUAUGUGUUGUAAGGUUUGAGAAGUUUUCUCAAUACUUUUUUUAAUAGUUGCUAGUGUGUGCUGUAGAAAAUUUGCAGUAUAAGGUGUAGCAGUUUGUUAAAAGCACUGUUAUGUUGAUGUUUAUGGGCGCUUUGCUACGCAAAACAAUCAUGGGUAGGCAAGAUUUUGGAAGCAGUGCUGUGUGGGGUUGUUGCAAUAUCUUGAUUAUUUAUUCUGAAUAUAUAUUAUGCCACUUCAUAUUUUUUUUCUACAAAAUUUAUAUUGUUUCAAAAAAAACUUACGGUUUUCAUUAUGUCAAGUUUGAUUUGCCAAAAUUUGUACAAAUAAGGCACGUCUUUUCCAAUGUUUGUAAAGCUGUAUUGAAAUAUAAAGGAAUUAUACGAUCCA